AUGACGACGAAUCGAUGGUAUUCUACUUCCACAACACUUUCAGACGGAACUGUGUUCAUCCUUGGUGGAUCAAUUAAAUCUAUAGCCGUCAAUGAGGCUAAAUUCAAUAAUCCAACUUUCGAAUUUUUUCCGAAAAACAAAAAAAACCCGGGCCCUCAGCAUUUCCAAUUUCUUGUUGAUACAUUACCAUUCAAUCUCUAUCCUAUUGUACACCUAUUGCCUGGUCCUAAAGAUCAAACUCAACUAUUUAUUUUUGCCAACCAAGAUAGUAUAAUCUAUGAUUGGACUACCAAUAAGGUUAUUAAGAAACUUCCUAAGCUUCCAGGUGGUCCUCGUAGUUAUCCUUUAACCGGUACCUCUGUGAUGUUACCAUUACGUCCUGAAGACAAUUAUAAAGCUCAGAUAUUGGUAUGUGGUGGUAACACAAAAAUGGAUGUAAAAAAUAAGGCAACAAAUUCUUGUGGUAAAAUCGAUUUAUCUUUGAAGAAUCCUACAUGGGAAAUGGAUGAUUUUGGUGGGUUUGAAAGAGUCAUGCCUGAUUCCGUUCUUUUGGCUGAUGGGAAAGUUUUAUUCUUAAAUGGUGCUGGUAUUGGAAUUGCCGGUUAUACUAGAAAGGGGAAUGUUUUGCAAGCUGAUGACGCGGUUCUCACCCCUGUUUUGUAUGAUGAUAAUAAACCUUUGGGAAAAAGGUUCAGUAAACUCGAUCCUUCAACGAUACCUAGGGUUUAUCAUUCGGUAGCCACAUUACUACCAAAUGGUAAAGUUUUCGUCGCUGGUAGUAGUCCACAAGCAAGUAUUAUUACAAAAGGUGUCAAAUUCCCCACUGACCCACCAUACCUUUCAUCAGAUGUAUCACGCGGUACUAUAACAUCCGUAAAAAAUUCCAGUGACAUAAAUAAAAAACCCAUCAAUGUGAGUUAUGGUGAAACUGUAGAAGUCACUGUUGAACUUUCCGGCACAUCUCAAAAAUUCACAGCCGCAGUAGUACAUUAUGGAUUCGUAACACAUUCUGUACAUAUGUCCCAACGAUAUGUCGUUUGUGAAGUUCAAAAUGUUAAACCUGUAAAUAAAGGAUAUACAAUGAGUGUGAUUAUGCCACCGAAUGGCAAUAUUAUUGCUCCGGGUCCUAGUUAUUUACAUAUUAAUAAUAAAGGUGUUCCGCUUUCGAGUGCCGUUCAUAUUCUUUUAAAUUGA